GGGAAAGGAGGGGAAGCCACACGCGGUCGCUGGGAUGGCGGAGAGAGGAGAGCCGGGCCCGGUUUCCUUCUCAGGGCGGCUGAUUUCCUUGUUUGCGACAGGUCUGCCUUGUUGCGCCGCGCAUCCUGGCUCCGAGGAGGGCGGUAGAGCCUAAAGGCUAGAGCCGCAGAAGUCCAGGGAUGUGGAGUCCGGGGGUCUAACCGUUGCCGCCAAAAGACCAGACUCAGGAUGACUCGGAAUCCCAUCUAUGAUUACCCUGAGCCCUAUGCCAACCCCCGGCACGAGGCACAGACAUCUCCACGGAACAUCAGCCUGGUGGGGCGGCUGCGGCUCACCCAGCCCGUUUGGCUCCAGAUGGGCAUCAACUCAGCUACGGCCCUCCACAUCUUGCAACGUGAACCUCCUGGGACCUUUCUGGUGCGCAGAUCAAACACACGACAAUGCCAGGUUCUCUGCCUGCGUCUCCCGGACAAUUCAUCUCCAGUUUUUGUGACCACCUAUUGUCUCCACCAGGAGCCUACAGUCAUCUCACUCGAGGGCUCUGACAUGAAGUUUCCCAGCCUCUUGCAUCUCAUCGCUUCCUACUGCUCCACACCGGACAUUCUCCCUCUCCCUUUGCAUCUUCCCCAGCCCAUCCAGAAGGCCUCAUCCUGCCAACAGCUAGAAGCCAUUGCACAUUUGGGACUUGAAUUUUGGAGCUCGUCCUUCAACACCAGGGAACCUGCCCAGUCGGCCCCACUAGUCUCCCCUUUGAGUGUGGGCACGGACCCUCUGCUGCUUUCUCUGCAGAACCCUGAGGGACAGAACUGCAGGCAGUUGGCCUCUGCAGAUCCCACCAGAGAUGUGUCAUUUGCCGGAAUGCCACUGGGGGGCGUGGGGGCCCGGCGUCAACACUUCAAGAGCAGCAUCAAGGUGCAAGUCUCCACGGAGGCUGCCAGCCCCCUGUCCCCCCCAGCUGCCCCGCCACCCCCCAUUCCAGUUUGGAAGAAGAAGAAUCCACCCCAUCCACCCCGGUUUCCUGUCUCUUGUGGGGGAAACUGGGCUUCCAGCUGCUACCCAUCACCUCAAGUUUCCUCACAGGCCACAGUGAAAUCAGAGGCCUACCACGUGCCCUUCAGCAAUGGUGGGAGCAGAGAGAGGGAGGCCACCCAUCACUUUGAGGCCUCCUUCAAUAAAGCCCCUGUCUCCUCCUCGGGUCGGCUGCUGCGUGUUACGGAAGAGGAACAGACAGAGCCGCGGAAUAAGGGUUUUGACCUGGGACGGCACUCUCCUUAGGACAUCCCAGGCCGUGAGAGGGACAUGGUGGGCACUGUAGUACCGGGCUUCACUUUUUCGUCCUCUGAGCCUUCUUGAGAAGUUCCAAAAAAUGAGCUGCUGUGGAACUUUGAUGACGUAGGCAUGUGCCAGGUCUUCUCUGAGAAGGAUGGAAGUUUGCUGGUCAAACAAGGGAGCAGAGAGGUUGGAACAAAAAUUCCCUGGAUACUCUCUGAGUUCUUGGGAGGAAAAUCUGGGAUCUGAGAGUUGGGGCUUUUCAGUUUUCUGUUCUUCAUGGAAAUCAGUGCCCAGAUUCUUACUUGGCUCCCUUGCCAAGCAAUCCCUCCUGGAAUCCUGGCUCUGUACAGUAGGUCUAUGGUCCACUUGGAUCACUGGAUACCUGAACACUCAUAAACCAAACCAGAUGACAUCUCCACACAGAAGAUGAUCGUAAUAUCUUCUUCUGCUUUCCUUGCUUUCUCUUCUUUCCUCAGUGUCCCCACCAUUCUGUGGGGUUCAUCUUGGACAACUAUUUUGUGUGGACACUGGAGCGAUGUUAUGGGUAUUGUUACUUUUGUUUGUGUUAUUCUAUUUUGUUAUCUUAUGCUGUAACAUAUUUAAAUAUUAUAUUACA